CGUUGUCGAAUGCUCAACGAGGAAUGGUUGCCACUCUCUCCGAGUACUGCAAGGACAAGGGCAUGGAUUUUAUGCUCGAGCGCCCCUCGGACGUGCGGCUUGUACUGGAGAACCAUGCCUGCAAUUGGGACCUUGAGCUGGCCAAGGAGCACGUUGAGAAGCUCGACGGGUGGAACGCUGACGUUGCGCCCGGCGACAUCCUCCUCGACGACGUCGCUCCCGAGCUGGAGCAGAACAAGGUGUAUUGGGCCGGAACCGAUGUCCACGGCCACCCCACUCUUUGGUUCCUCCUCCGCAACCACCGCCCCAAUCCCGAUGGUCCGGACCGCGACGUCCGCGCCGUCAUCUUUAUGCUGCACCAGGGCCUGCAACGGAUGCGGCUCCCGGUCGAGAAGUUUAACCUUGUCUUUGACCUCUCCAAUGCCGCCCGUGCCAACCAAGACCUCACCUUUUUCAAGCGCGUCAUCUCUGCUGUCGGCUCGGCCUGGCCGGGCCGGUCCUUUAAGAUCUUCAUCCUCUCGCCGGGCUUCUUCACCCGCAUGAUCUGGAACGUCGUCAAGCCGUUUCUCCCGGCCCGCACCCUCGAGCGCAUCAAGUUUGUCAAGAACCCGGACCCGGCGCUCCAGCACUGGUUUGCGCCGGACCAGCUCCUUGCCCGCUAUGGAGGCUCAGUAACGAAUGUCUACGACUACACCACCGCCGCCGCCACAGACUUUCCCAUCGGGCUCGACCUCUCCCCGCCGCCGGCAUCGCCCAAGCUCGCAGCACGCGCACCAGCGCUCGCCGUCUCGCCGUCAAAUGCCUCGACAUGUCUCUCGGACUGGACCGACGACUCGUGUGAGCCGCAGUCCGAGUACGACGAGCCAAGCUCGUACUCGCCGUCGCCUCCGGCCGAGCACCGCCACAGCCCCACCGCGCACGACCUCGCCGUCUCGCGCCGCCUCGAGCGCCUUGCCCACGCUACUGACAACUCGUCGCGGGCGCUUGAUGAAGCCGAGACUGAGCUUGCCGCGGUCCGCAAACGCCUGGCCGACUUUGAGCGGACCCUCGACGAGCGCGAGUCCCGGGCGGCGGACGGUGGAUGCUGCUCGCUCAUGUGAUGCUCGCACAACACUAUGCCAUGCCUGUUUUACUCACCGAGCUCCGCACCACGCCGCAAGCCGGUCCAUGCCACGGACAACCUUGGGUGCCACAGCCGCCACGUCGACGUGCCCGGUUGCGGCGUAUGCGUCAAGAGCGGCGGCGCCGUCAAAGUCAACAAACGCGAGCCGGAGCGAGAGCUCGUCGUGUGGGACAGAGAACGGCGCACCAGGCAGCAUGGCGACGCCCGUCUCGGCCAGGAUGGUGUGCGCGAGCUCGACAUUGGUCGAGAUGCCCU